AUGGCAAACUAUUUUCUUGAUAAAGUGGAAGACAAUGCCAUUGUCCGUAUAUGUGUGACGCAAAAUAGCCGUCAGGAGUUAAGUGAGAUUUGGAAUCGGUGGGAUGAUGAAACCAAUCAGUUGUUCUACUCUAAUUAUGGGGACUUGCCGUACUUAUUUAGCAUCAAGGUGGAUGAGCGACUGUUUCGCGCUCUCGCUCAAUAUUGGAAUCCUGCAUAUAGCUGUUUUACUUUUGGGAAUGUAGAUUUGGUGCCUACAGUAGGGGAAUAUACGGCUUUACUGCACUGCCCUAGGCUUCAGGUUGAUAAAGCAUAUUCCAAAGCCGCAUAUGUCCCAGCAUUUUGGAAGAAAUUAAUGAGUAUUACGGGAAUGAGCGAACAAUGGAUCACGUCCAGGAUUAAACAGAAGGGCAAGUGUAAAUGUAUCCCAUGGAGGAAUUUGCGAGACUUGAUCCUAGCACAUCUUGAUGGAAAAAAGAAGGUUGAUGUGUUUGCUUUGAGUAUCUACGGGUUAGUGAUUUUCCGUAGGGCACUGGGGCAUGUUGACGAAGCUGUUUUAGAUCUUUUUGAUCGGUUGGGUAAAUGGGUCACACCUGUUCCUGCAAUUUUGGCUGAAACGUUUAGAUCUUUGAAUGCGUGUAGGCGAGCUGGUGAAGGCAGAUUUAUAGAUUGUGCGCAACUGUUGAUAGCUUGGUUCCAUAGUCAUUUCUGGAAGGUUGACAAAGUUUCGUAUCGGGUUUUCUCUGAGUAUUACUCUCCGUUAAAGGAGAUAGUGGCUACCCUCAGAAGGGACGAUAUAUCAGAAGAAAAUUGGAUAGCAAUUCUGCAAAAUCUUCAAGAGGAUGAUUUUGAUUGGGUUCCGUUGCUUGGGAUUUGGGGAGCCGUCGGAUAUGCACCUUUGGUGGUCCUAAGGCAAUACAAUUCAAGACAGUUUGUGUCGGCAACGUAUGGUUUAGCUCAAUGUGAGUUCUCGUACCGAGGAGACAAUUACAAGAAAAAGGUGAAAGAAAUUUCUCAGGCUUGGAAUCAGGUUCACAGGAUGAAAAGGCUAGCUGUGGGUUCGAUGACAACUCCAGAGUACGGUGAGUGGCGACAUAAAAGGAUUAAUGAUAACAUCCCGGAGUUAAACUUGGAGAGUGUUCGACCAAUGGAAGAGUAUCUAUAA